UCACUGCGGUUUGUUUUGUGUUACCAUCAUCAUUAAAUGGCAAAACCUGAAUUAUCUGUCUUCUUCCUUCUUAAAAAGUUGAUUACAGAUACACACCUACACCUUUCUGGUAUCUGGGUCGAUGUUGUUUGGAAGUGUUCAAAUUGUUAUUAUUAUAAAUAAGCCUUUUUCUAUGUCUCCUUGUUUUUGAAGCUUUUCUGCUACUGUUUGAGUUGUUUCUAAUGGAGUCUUCUGGGGAUAACAGAAUAGCACAGAGAGACAUACACAGAAACAACACCAUCCAAGAAGAAGAAGAAGAAGAAGAUCAAGAAGGUCUCAAAGAUAGGAAAGACUUGUUGAGCACAAUGAUCAGAGAUGCAGAUGACCAUCAUCAGUUCUUGCAAAUGCUCAAGGGCAGAAUGGACAGAGUUUCUCUUGAUCUACCGACCAUUGAAGUUCGAUUUGAGAAUCUGAAUGUUGAUGCUGAAGCCUAUGUGGGUAGCAGAGGCUUGCCCACAAUCAUCAACUCUUUUCUUAAUGUGAUUGAGGGGGUAUCAAAUUAUCUCCACAUUCUUCCAAACCAGAAGAAAAGGUUUUCAAUUCUUCACAAUAUAAGUGGAAUUAUCAAGCCUGGCAGAAAUUUGCAGAGAGAGGGGACAUAUAAUCAGGUUUCUGGGAAAGUGACAUACAAUGGUCAUGAAAUGCAUGAAUUUGUCCCUCAGAGGACGUCCUCUUAUGUCAGCCAAUCUGAUGAACACAUUGCUCAAAUGACAGUGAGGGAAACAUUAGCCUUCUCUGCUAGAUGUCAAGGAAUUGGUACUCCCUAUGACAUGGUUAUGGAGCUCUUGCGGAGAGAGAAGGAACUAAACAUUGAGCCAGACCUUGACAUUGAUAUAUUGUUGAAAGCUGCUGGUUCAAAGGAGCACAAGGACAACUUAGUUACAGACUACAUUCUCAAGAUCUUAGGAUUGGAAGAUUGUGCCGAUACAAUUGUUGGAAAUGAAAUAGUGAGGGGUAUUUCAGGAGGGCAAAGGAGACGUGUGACAAUAGGGGAGAUGCUAGUAGGUCCUGCAAGGUCAUUUUUCAUGGACAACAUAUCAACUGGUCUUGAUAGCGUGACAACUUUCCGAAUCAUUAACUCAAUUAGGCAAUCGGUCCAUAUUCUCAAAAAGACAGUUAUGAUCUCUCUUCUCCAACCUGCACUGGAAACUUACAAUCUCUUUGAUGACAUCAUUCUUAUCUCGGAGGGACAAAUCGUGUACCACGGCCCUUGUGAAUGUGUUCUUGAUUUCUUUGAAUCCAUGGGUUUUAAAUGCCCCGGUAGAAAAGUUGUCGCUGACUACCUACAGGAAGUCACAUCAAGAGAGGAUCAAAAACAGUACUGGGUUAAUGAAGACACGCCAUAUAGAUACAUUUCCGUCAAUGAGUUUGCAGAGGCAUUUCAAUCGUUCCACAUUGGAAAAGCAAUCCGUCAUGAGCUUCUCACACCAUUUGAUAGGUCAAAGUGCCAUCCUGCAGCUUUAGUUCGAUCCAAAUACGCAACUAAUCGGUUUGAGUUGUUGAGCGCUUGCUUAUCGAGAGAAUGCAUUCUGAUGAAGCGAAACUCAUUUCUAUACAUGUUUAAAAUAUUUCAGCAUUUAAUUCUCGCGAUCAUAUCUGCAACACUCUUUGGGCAAAGCCGAGUGCACCAUCAGACAAUAGAAGAUGGAUUAGUUCAUCUUGGAGCUCUCUAUUGCGGUCUUAUUGCAACUUUGUUCACCGGGUUUUUUGAAUUACCAAUGACCAUAGAAAAACUUCCCGUCUUUUACAAGCAAAGAGGAAGUUUUUAUCCUUCUUGGGCAUACUCAUUGCCAACAUCAAUAGUCAAAACACCAGUAUCUAUUAUUGAAGUUGCUAUUUGGGUUAUGGUAACUUAUUAUGCGAUAGGAUUCGAUCCUACUGUCGAAAGGAUGUUUAGACAAUUUUUAAUUCUCGCAUUGAGUGGCCAAAUGUCUUAUGGGAUUUUUAGAUGCAUUGCUGCACUUAGUAGGGACCAUAAUGUCGCCAACACGGGGGGAAACAUUGCAAUGGUCUGGCUUGUGGUUUUUAGUGGCUUUGCCUUAUCACGACAUGAUAUGAAGAAAUGGUUGAUUUGGGGUUACUGGACAACGCCUCUGAUGUAUGUGCAAACUGCACUGUCAAUAAAUGAAUUCCUCGGUGGUGAUUGGAAAUAUGUUUUCAAUAAAUCAACCGAAGCACUAGGAAUAUCUGUCUUGAAGUCUCGUGGGAUAUUUACUACUACAUAUUGGUAUUGGAUUGGAAUUGAUGCAGUGAUUGGUUUCAUAUUCUUAUUUGGAGGGAUUUAUACUUUGGCUCUUACUUAUCUCAAUCAACAUCAGAAGACCGUGUUUUUGCCUAUAGAAGUUUUGCAAGAGAGACAUGCUAACAGAACUGGUGAAAUAGAAGGAAACAAAACAUUAGAGAAUGAAAACCCAUCCAAAAAUGCCAUUUUCAAAUGUCGAGAGGAGAAAGGAAUGCUUCUCCCAUUUACACCUCUUUCCAUCACUUUCGAGAAUAUCAGAUAUUCUAUUGAUAUGCGAAAGGAAAAAAAAGCGAAAGGCAUUCAAGGGGGGCGAUUGGAAAUUCUUAAGGGAGUAAGCGGGGCUUUUAGGCCCGGAGUCCUAACCGCCCUUAUGGGUGUUAGUGGGGCUGGUAAGACAACACUACUAGACAUUUUGGCUGGAAGGAAAAACACCGGGCUUGUAGAGGGAACCAUCAAGAUUUCAGGAUACCCCAAGAAACAAAAAGUGUUUGCUCGAGUUUCUGGAUACUGUGAACAAAAUGACAUCCACUCCCCUUUUGUCACAGUUCAUGAGUCCCUACUAUUCUCCGUUUGGCUUCGGUUGCCUUCAAAUGUCAAACUUGAUACCAGAAAGAGUUUUGUCGAGGAGGUCAUGGAAUUGAUUGCAUUGACACCACUGAGAGAUGCAUUAGUUGGAUUCCCUGGUGUGAAUGGGCUAUCAGUUGAUCAACGCAAAAGAUUAACUAUUGCAGUAGAACUUGUAGCCAACCCCUCUAUAAUAUUCAUGGAUGAGCCAACCACAGGACUUGAUUCUAGAGCGGCUGCUAUUGUCAUUAGAACUGUGAGAAACAUCGUGGACACGGGAAGAACUGUAGUGUGCACAAUUCAUCAGCCAAGUAUUGAAAUUUUUGAAGCUUUUGACGAGCUCUUCCUACUGAGUCAAGAAGGCGAAGAAAUAUAUGUUGGUCCUUUGGGUGACAAGUCUCGCCAUAUGAUACACUACUUCAAGCAAAUCAAUGGUGUGCGUAAGAUAGAAGAUGGGUACAACCCGGCAACAUGGAUGAUGGAAGUUACCACACAAGCGGAGGAGGAGCUUCUAGGUGUUAAAUUUGCUGAUGUAUACAAGAAUUCAGAUCUUUUUUGGAGAAACAAGGCCUUGAUCGAGGAGUUGCAUACACCACCACCUUAUUCAAAAGAUCUCAACUUCCCCAAGUACUCUCAACCAUUUCUUACUCAAUGCAAAGCAUGCCUAUGGAGACAACACAAGUCCUAUUGGCGAAACACGUCAUAUAACUCUGUCCGACUUUUAUAUGGAGUUUUAACAGGCUUCAUGCUUGGAAUUGUGUUCCGGGGACUCGGUUCAAGAAGGUAUAGCGAACAGGAUGUUCUCAACGGGGUGGGUUCAAUGUACACGACCAUAAUGUUCUUGGCAACAAAUGCUUGUGUUUCAGUGCUCCCAGUCAUAACCGCUGAUCGAGUAGUCUUUUACAGAGAGAGAGCUGCAGAGGCAUACUCUGCAUUUCCUUACGCAAUUGCACAGGUUGCAAUUGAAAUCCCAUAUACAUUGGCUCAAACUCUUGUUUAUGGGAUCAUAGUCUAUGCGAUGAUCGGAUUUGAAUUGAGCUCAACCAAGUUCUUCCUAUACUUGUUCUUUUUCUUCUUCACAUUCCUGUACUGCACAUAUUUUGGAAUGAUGGUGGUAGCCAUAAGUCCUAAUCAAGAAAUUUCCGCGACAUUGUGUAGUGCCAAUUUUACCUUGUGGAAUGUCUUCUCGGGUUUUCUAAUUCCCCCAGCAAGGAUUCCAACGUGGUGGAAGUGGUAUGCAUGGGUGUGUCCCUUUUCAUGGAGUCUAUAUGGAUUGGCUUGUUCACAGUAUGGAGAUAUUCAGUCUAUGCUCAACAAUGGAGAGACUGUGGCUGAGUUCAUAACAAGGUAUUUUGGGUACAAAAACAACUUCUUGAAAAUUAUUUCUAUCGGCACAAUCGGGUUUGCAGUGAUCUUUGCCUGCAUAUUUGCUGUCUCUAUUUCGACCUUAAAUUUUCAGAAAAGAUGAAUAAGUUUACAAGGAAAGUCUGUAAAACUCAUAAACCUAUUGUUUUUACAUGAUGUUCAAACUAUGUGCUAAACAAAGUUCAUACAGAGAAGAGAACCAACCACAAUUCAAUAUAUGGUUGUUACAAGAGUUAUGAUUGUAUGGUAUGGUUAUAUGAAAUAGAUCG